AUGGACAUAUCCUGGAGUGCAGAUGCAUCCAUGGGUGUUGGUGUUGACACCAAGUACUCUCUUGCACUAUACUUUGCUGAACUAGAGGCUGUCCAAGGGUUGAGGCAAUUUGAUGUAUCCGUGGACAACAACCAAUUAGUUGCUGCAUUCAGUCCAACCUACUUGCUUGCUAAUGUUAUCCCAGCGAUUGUGCAAGGCUCAGGCGAGCACAGCAUCUCCCUCCUGGCAACAUCAAAAUCUGUGCUCCCGCCUUUGAUCAACGCUAUGGAGAUAUUCAUGGUGUGGCCCCUGAAUGAAUCUACUACUGCAUCUUUAGAUGCCAAUGCUAUGGUGGCAAUCCAGACGAAGUUUAAGGUGAAGAGAAACUGGGUGGGUGAUCCGUGUGCCCCAAUAUCUUUUGCAUGGUAUGGCUUGGAUUGCAGUUACACUCCCGAUGGUCCGCCAAGAAUAAUUGCCAUAAACUUGUCAUCCAGCGGGUUGGUUGGUGAAAUAGAUGCUUCCUUUGGCCAGCUAACAUUGCUCCAACGCUUGGAUCUAUCUCAUAACAAUCUAUCGGGAACAAUACCUUAUUUUCUGGGUCAAGUGCCAUCACUUACAUUUCUGGAUUUGUCAAGCAACGACCUCAAUGGACCAAUUCCUAUGAACCUGCUAGAAAAAUCUCAGGACGGAUUUCUGACACUGAGGAUCGACAAUAACCCAAACCUAUGUGGAAGUCCUCCUUGCAACACGUUUCCAAACAAAAAGAAGAAACCAAAAUCUAUACUCCAGAUUGUUGUUCCUGUAAUUGGCGCUCUACUUCUUGUGGCUCUGCUUGCGCUUGUCGUUUGGUCUAGAAGGAAGAAGAGACCAGAUGUGCCUCGUUCCGCUAAUCAGUUCGAGAACUGGAGCUUCAAGUCCAAGGAACUCAAGAUCAUUACCAAUAACUUCAACACCUGUGUAUUUUGGUCCUGUGUAUUUUGGCUGUUUGGAGAAUGGAACUCCUGUUGCAGUGAAGAUGCUGUCAGAGACAUCUUCACAAGGGAUAGAAAACAUCUAAGCCUAGUCUAUGAGUACAUGGAUGGAGGAAACCUGCAGGACCGGCUCAGAGGUCAAGAAUCCCCUAACUGGCUGCAACGCCUUAAGAUCGCAUUGGACUCUGCCUACGGACUGGAAUACCUGCACAAAUCCUGCAGCCCACCCUUGAUUCAUAGAGACGUGAAGACUGGGAAUAUCCUACUUACUUCAAAUCUGGAGGCAAAAUUAUCGGAUUUUGGCCUUACAAGGGCUUUCAGCAGUGGUACGAGAACACACACAACCACCCAACCAGCUGGUACCCUAGGUUACCUGGACCCAGAGUACUACGCGACCUCUCAUCUGAGCGAGAAGAGUGACGUGUACAGCUUUGGUGUCGUUCUCCUGGUGCUCAUCACAGGCCAGCCAGCCAUCAUCAUCAUCAGCGACACAGAGAGAACCAACAUCUCUCAUUGGGCACGCCACAGGCUCUCUGAAGGUGACAUCGACAGCGUGACCGACCCGACGAUAAGAGGAGACCGCGACAUCAACUCUGUGUGGAAGGUGGCGGAGCUGGCCCUGCGGUGCACGGAGCACACGGGGCGGGACCGGCCAACGAUGGUGGAGGUCGUGGAGGGGAUCAAAGAGAGCUUGCAGCUGGAGACCUCUUCGCGCUCCAGGAGAUGCAGCUCGGAUGGAACAGGCGGUUUGGAGUUUUCGGACUGCGAGACUGUUGGUGCGCUCGAGACAGAACUAAUUGGAGAAACAUCAGCGCAUUAA